GCUCUGCUUCUCCUGCUAUAUGCUAAAGAUUUUUUUCCCCCUCUUUUCUUUUCCAGAGAUGAACCAUGACCAUAGUUGACAAGACGUCUGAGUCCUCAAAGCCCUCGGCUUCUGAGAAGCAGCCUUUCAGCUCCGUGGCGCCAGCUUCCGGUGAUAUGGACUCAGGCUCUGCAGGAUGGGGUGCUGUGUCUUCUUCGUUAGAAGUGCCAAAACACAAGAUCUCCUUGGGACCAGUGCCAGGAGCUGCAGUUUAUUCCAGUGCAUCAGGACCAGAUAAAUGCAAGCCUUCCGCCAAAGAGCUGUCUAUUGGUGAUGGGAUUGCGGCGCCCCAGAAGGUCCUCUUUCCGGCAGAGAAGAUCUGCUUAAAAUGGCAAAAGAUGCAUCGAGUUGGAGCUGGUCUCCAAAAUCUUGGCAACACUUGUUUUCUGAACUCAGCUCUGCAAUGUCUGACGUACACCCCUCCCCUUGCCAAUUACAUGCUUUCCUAUGAACACUCCAAAACCUGUCACGAACAAGGAUUUUGCAUGAUGUGCACCAUGCAAGGUCACAUCAACCAGGCUUUUUCCAAUUCUGGCAAUGUCAUCAAGCCGAUGUCUGUCAUAAAUGACCUUAGACGAAUAGCAAAACAUUUCCGUUUUGGUAAUCAAGAAGAUGCGCAUGAGUUCCUAAGGUACACUGUUGACGCUAUGCAGAAAGCAUGUCUGAAUGGUAGCAACAAAUUGGACAGGCAUACCCAGGCGACCACCUUCAUUCACCAGAUAUUUGGAGGAUAUCUCAGAUCUAGAGUAAAAUGUAUGAAUUGCAAAGGUGUUUCAGAUACAUUUGAUCCAUAUCUGGAUAUUACAUUGGAAAUAAAGUCAGCUCAAAGUGUCAACAAAGCUCUGGAGCAGUUUGUCAAGCCCGAACAGCUGGAUGGUGAAAAUGCAUAUAAAUGUAGCAAGUGUAAAAAAAUGGUUCCUGCAUCCAAGCGGUUUACGAUACAUCGGGCUUCAAAUGUCCUCACCUUGUCCCUCAAACGGUUUGCAAAUUUCAGUGGCGGCAAAAUCACAAAGGAGGUGAAAUACCCAGAGUAUUUAGAUGUCCGACCGUAUAUGUCCCAACCAAAUGGAGAACCAAUAAUUUAUGCACUUUAUGCAGUGCUAGUCCAUACGGGCUUCAGCUGUCAUGCUGGACAUUACUACUGCUACAUAAAGGCCAGUAACGGGCAGUGGUACCAGAUGAAUGACUCCACUGUUUCCAACAGUGACAUCAGAACUGUAUUAAAUCAACAAGCCUAUGUGCUUUUUUACAUCAGGUCCCAUGACAUGAAAAAUGGUGGCGAACACAUUCAUUCGGUUCAUGCGCCAGGGCAGUCUUCUCCCCGACCUGUUAUCAAUCAACGGGUGGUCAGUAAUAAACAAACUACUCCGGGGUUUAUUGGACCUCAGCUCCCUCCACACAUGGUUAAGAAUUCAAAUCAUUUGAAUGGAACUGGAUCCUUGAAGGAAACUCCCAGCAGUACUGUGGCAAUUGCUAGCAAUGCUUCCCUAGUCAAAUCUCCUUCCGCACCUCCUGCCAUGUCCAUCUCAAAUUGGACCAUGAACAGGUCAACUGCUGCUGCCACCCCAGAUCCUUCCAAGAAGCCAAAACUCACCCUCAGUAUUCACAAUAACAAGCUGCCUGCUCGCCAAAGCGUGUCUCAUGCCAGCUGUACCUUGGACAACCUCAACAAGCCUGCCCCAUCCUCCACCAUUUCUAACCCUUCUGCAGUGCAAUCUACCUCAAGCACGUCCACCGUAUCGGCUGCUAACCAAGUCUCCAAACCAACCACCCCUAGCGAACCUUGUUCCAAGCUGAUAAUGAACGGCAAGUCCAAACGCAGUCCUAGUACAUUGGUCCCUUAUGGAGCAGAAUCUUCUGAAGACUCUGAUGAGGAAUCCAAAGGCCUGCUGAAGGAGAAUGGCCACGCCAAAGUGUUCAACGGCAUUUUAUUAGAAAACGCAGCUGGUGGGCUGGAGAACUCUUGCUUGUCCUGUCACAACCCUGAAAAGGAGGGGCCCCAGCACGAGUUGCCCCAAAACAUUACCGUGGUGGUCUCAAUUAGCCUCAACGAUGCCCCUAAGCAGAAUGGACAGUUAUGCAAUGAUUCCACCUGCCAGGUGAAGCCAGUGAAAUUGGCAGACAACCCGUUUUCCAAAACCAAUGGAUUGCCUGGAAAAGGUUCUCCAGCAGCUUUGUCCCCAGUCCCUGAAGAGAGGGUCCUAGACGCCUUCAGAUAUAAGCAACCGAAGAUCUUGCCCGGGGAAUCCAGCAGUGCUCCUGAACCAGAACAAUCGUUGGCCGAGGGUGCUUCUGAAAAGGCCCCCAAUGCCCUUCCCAAUAGCAUCCCAGCCCCCUUGCCACCUUUGGAGCCCGACGUCACUUCGACCACGGAGGAUCCUUGUGAAAGGACCGCCCAGACGGAAGACAGGCCGCUCGAGAGUGACAGGCAGCACGAUCCUCAGUCCGGUUCCCCAGGAGCAGAGGAAACAGCUUUCCCUGGACAAGCGGAUGGGGAAGCCCAUCCUGAAAGGGCAGGAACAUCAAAAGAAGAGAAGGCAGCUUUCGAAAAGGGCCCUGAGCUUGCCGAAGGAAAGGUGGGGCCCACGGAAAAAGAUGGGCAGAGUCCCCGGAUAAGGUCGGACGGUGAAUGUAGGCCUCAGAAGCUAAAGGCCCUGCUAAAUGCAGGCGAGAAAGGUCACGAAAUGCAGGACAACCCCCAGAGCAGUGAGGAUGCCCCGUGUGCUGAAAAUUCCCCUGUUCCACAGCCCAAAAUUGUCGCCGAGAGCCCGUGUUCAAAGGAGGAAGGCAAGCCGGCGGAGAGCAGCGAACCGGUCCGAAGAAGUGUCGAAAAGCCGGGGCUAAGGUCGCCCCCCAAGGAGAAAGCCCACACCUACAAGAAAACUGACCAAGAGCAUUACCGUUCCAAAAGGAAGCGCUCCGAAAGCGAGGAAGAGGCGGCAGAUGGGGCGGCCGGCCGGAGCCAGCCCGAGGGACAUUACAGCAAGCAGAGGUGCGCUUACAGCAGAGAGCGGGCUAAGCAGCAGGACCAGCACCGACGGGAACACCACGGCACAAGCUACUACAGAUUCCCGGGCAGCCCCGAUCCUGCCAGGAGUUUGGGAAAAUACCCUCCUUACCGAUCCCGCAGCAGGGGGAAAACAGACUCUGAGCGGAGCAGGCACUGUUACGGGAAAGGAGAGAGAUCGUGGAGUAGGGAGAGGUACUACCAGGAGACCCCAAGGAGGUGGGAUGGAUGUCGAUCUUACAGUUACUAUUACUCCACUUCCCACGUCCCCAGGCAUAAUCAGGAGAGGAAAUUUGCUCAUUCUGAGAGAGACUAUAGCAAAUCAAGUCACGUUUACAGUAGCCCUUAUAAGUACGAUUAUUAUAAAAGCCGGUGGAGUCAAGACCAGGACCGGAAAAGACGCUCCCCAAACCCUGAGGCGAGCGAGUGCAUCCUCGAAAAGAGACACCCCAAAAUCUUGCAAAGCAGUUCUCUCAGCGAACAAAGGGGGAGGAAACGCAAGAAGUCCAAGAAGAAGAAAAAGUUAAAAGAUAAACACAAAGAGAGAGAUUACAGGCAUCGCCAUGAUUCCGACCCCUCUCCCUCCAGCUCUGAGGCCGAGACCCACAAACAUAAACAUAAGAAGAAGAAGAAAAAGAAGAAGAAACAUACCAAGAAAUCAGAAGACUGCAACGGAAGCUCAACACCCCUCCUUCCCAAGCCAACUGCCUUGGAAAUCAAGAAUUUCAAAACCUGGGAGGUGCCCAGAUCUUCUUCAGAGGCUUGUAGAAAACACAGCCCAACUUCCCGCAAUGAAACCACGGCUGUUUGCCAGAAAGCAAAGGGCCUUGAAAGGAGCAACAGGGAUGGCUUCUGUCCACUGAGAGAUCAUAAGAUUGAUCCGGAGUGUCCAUUGGAAGCUAUUCCUUCACAGCUUACAGUGUAUUUAUAAACCGAAAAGCGAUUAACUCUUUAAUUCAUAAUUGGUGCUUCAGAAAAUACUGUACAGGAUUUUACCAUUGAAGAACCCCCCCCUUUUUUUUUUUAGUUUUUACCUAGAGUCUUUCUUCUUUUUUUAAAAAAAAAAAUUCUCUGCAAUCCCAAAACACAAGAGGAUGGACACUUUCUACAGCUGCUGAACAUUGUGAACUGUCAAUGUCACAGUGAGAAAUACUGCCCUGGAUCAGAACAUCUCAAAUGCUGCUUCGUUCCACGACUCAGGUUGAAUGUGUUUGUCCACGUGAUGUUGCUCCAAGUCUACAUAUUUGGCGCAAGGGGCGAGGAAACUACAGAAUUAGCAAGCUGCAACUGAUAGUGUCUAUUUAAUUUAAAUAAUUAUUUAAACAUUUCACACGCAACUUGGAUUUUUGCGAGAGCUCCAUCGGUUUCCCUCGGAUGUCUGCUACUAGAAACUCAACGUCAUUUCUUUUGUUGGAUUCCAGUCUUGGACUUUGUGAAGUGUGUGCUGUUCAGACGCUUGCCAGUUUUUGAAUGUAUCACAGAACAUGUCCGAAGACCGCUUGUCACCGCAGCCUGUCCUCCGGCCUAAUCUUUGGGUUCCCGGAAUUCAUUUCAACACCAACUGGCCAUUGCAGUGUUUGGGCAGCCAGUUUCUUGCGGGAAAUGCUUCUGCCUCUGUUUCCCCCACUUGAGCGAUCCUUGUCUGCCUUUUGCAGCGUCUCCUGCUGUACCCUCCUGUAGGCCCUCAGCUGCUCCUUUUUUAUUUCUAUCCCUCCUUCCCUCCCUCCCUCCCUCCAUCCCUUUUCAGCUUUUCUUCCUGUCCUCUGUCGCUUUGUCCUCGGGCAUCUAUCUGCUCUGCAGAGUUACUCUACUGCUCUUUAGAAGCGCUCAGAUUGCGUUACUGUAUCUGGGCUUCUGGCCUACGCCGGAAGUACGCAAGAGCAGGUGCCGGGUCCAUAGCUGCCGGAAGGAGCCAUUUUCAUUCUUCCGCUAAGUUUUUAUUGUGUUUAAUUUUAAUGUAGUGAUGCUUGUCUUGACAGGUCUCAGCCGUCUGGUUCUUGUCCCUUCAAAGUUUCUAGUUACAGACACGUUCAUACUGUGAUUUAUUUUUAUUUUUAUUUUUUAAUGAUGAAAUGCUAUCAAACUGUGAUACACUUAAUUCACUGGUCCUGCAUCAGGAGACAGAGUGGGGAAAACUGUAUUAAAUACAGUUCAUCUGAAUAAUCUGUCUGAUUUAUACAAGCCGUGUUGUUCAGAGAUGUCUAAAGUUUGAUCUUUGUUUUUUUAAAGAUAAAAGCACUUGCCCCACUUGUAAAUAUAUGGCAUGUAAAAUUUAUAUAGUAUAUAAAUCCAACAAAUCAAAUCAAAUGCGUUUCUGUGGUUAGUUCAGUUACAUCUGACUGUAGCUGAUGGGUAUGAACUGUUGUUUCAGCACAAAUCCUCUGAAGGUCACACGAGUUUAACCAGCUCUUGGUUCAAUUGCCGUUACCAGCAAGGUCUCAUUUACUUUCCCUCCAGUACUUGAGUGUUGUAGUGUUUAAGCAGAAAUAGCACCCCUUCGUCAAAUUCACGUUUAUUUUUAGAUAAAGUGACGGCUUCGUUGCCUAAAUGGAUUUCAAAGCAGUCGUACUAGAUCGCCACAGGUGGAUACGGAAUUAGAUUGCGCACUUUAUUGGUAACCAAGCACUCAGUCAAUACAUAAAUGUACACUAUAUACAUUGACUUUACAUUUAGUUGUUGAUAAGAAAUAUUCUACAAGAAAAUAGAACUGGGGAGUUACAUACUCAUUUGCGAUACCUGGCUGAAAAGGUCCCUGUACAGAAAGAAAAUUGGUUCCCUUACUACCACUAGCCAAUCUCAAGAACACAUCCCUUGGGUCAUGAUGGUACCAAGGCAAGAUUUGUUGACAAAGCAUAAUAGGCUAGGAUCACAUCAUAAGCACAUUAAGCCAAAAUUUCAGCUAGGUUAGAAAAGCGUUCCUCAACCGUAGUGACUUUAAGAU